CCUCGGUGACCUCGACUGGAGAGGAUGAUGAUAAUGCUCACAGGUCAACUGUCUCCAAACUGAGCCACAGGGCUUCUCCUUCUGUAAUCCACAACAGGGUGUCAACCUCAGACCCUGAUGCCUGUCGUGUCUGUUUGCAGGACUCUUCUUACUUUGUAGCCUCUUACUGCUGAUAUAAUGGAGCACUUUUCGUUGUUCUCAAGUGUGAUUGUCUUGCUUUCAGAUGCUCAUCAUGCUUGUUUCUUAUCCUCAAUUAGCACUGAGUUGCAAUGUGAGCCAAUAAAUGAAUGUCUGACUUUGUCCUGUUUGCACCUGUCUGGUGAUUCCGAAGUGGUCUCAUACAAGUGGACCCUGUGAAGGCCUGGUGCCUCGUUCAAGGUUGGUUCCAGAGGUGCGCCCAGUGCUACCAGAAUAGGGAGGUUUAACUUUCUUACAUUAUUCUUGGACGAGGAGCUCUGCCCUUGUAUCUGGUGCUGCUGGGACAGUCGGACUUCCUGCCUGAUUUUCUUGGACUCGAACAAUGGAUGGAUCCCACUUUGAACUCUUCAUAGCUCUAACUCCCUGCAUUUCUUUGGUUGCUUGGAGAUGAGUGGAGACGUCUGCAGGAGUUUGAUUUCCUCUCUGCCUCUUAUCUGAAGUGUUGCCACACCUAAGUCCUGUGCAAACAGUUCAAGAUCUCCAGCUAAGGAGCCAUUUAGUUUUAUGGUUAUGCGGCAGGUCAGAAAGCAAAAGCAAGUGUCCUGGAGACAUAUGGAAGCCUCCAUGUCGGGUGUAAGCUGACAACAUGGAUCAGAAAAUGCAGAGUUUUAGUUUAAUCCGAAGUAACCAAGAGAAUCUACUGGUCUGGCUGAGUGACAACCCCUCACCACUGCUGCGGUGGCUCUAUGACAGGAAUGUCUUCAGUCAGUCGCUGUUCCACAGUCUGUUGGAGAAGACACCCAGCAACAGCAUCGUCGCCCUCUUGGAUCACAUCUGUCAUGAUGGCAAAAGGAGCGACGUGUUUCUGCAGGUCCUUUGGGAUGUCCAGGAGUACUACUGUCCAGAGCUGGGCGCCUGGCUUCAGGACCAGUGUGGCUUGCCGGGAGUGAAGGCCUCAGACGUGGCGAACGCUGUUCUCCCGGAGACUAAACCAGGAAAACUCAAGAGAAUGCCGUUUUUUAAGUUUCGACACAAGAAGUACACGCUCUCCGAGACGGCUAAAGGUCAAUCAUCAAUUAAAGGCGCCAGUUUGAAAUAUCCACGAUGGAGAGUCCCCCUGUCAAUUCACAAGAAGAGCCUGGUAAGAAGAACCGGGAACAUCGUUGACCACAUAGAAGACUCCAAGUCACGAACGCACAUCGAGAUCCGCUACACCGACCUCUUUGUGACAGACGAUGACCCCAGCUUGGAAAUUGAACAGCACGAGUACUUCUCCCUGGCAAACAGGCGGGCCAGGAUCUACAACCACCACAAGUGCCAAAGGAUCUCACCCAGUGAGCUUCUGUCUCCUCUGCCAGGUCAGGACUGGAUGCCAAAGAGGGUCAAAGUGAAGGGAAUCGCCGGCAUCGGGAAGAGCAUUGCCGUGCAGAGACUGAUCCAUGACUGGGCUUUAGGGGUCUCCAUGAGAAACUUCACAUGCGUCUUUGAUUUUACGUUCCGUGAGCUCAGCCUAACCGAGGCCCCCGUGAGUUUAGCGCAGCUGAUCAUGUGGAAGUUUGAUCACCUGACUGAGAUCCUUCCCGAUCUUUUUCAAGAGCCGGCCUACCUUCUCUUCCUGUUGGACGGACUGGAUGAGUUCAAAUACAAGCUGAACUUUAACAUUCCGGAAAAGCCCGUGGAUGUUCAUACAGAAUUACCCGUGGGGGAUCUGGUGAGCUAUCUGUUCAAGGGGAGCUUGCUACCGGAAUCUUCCGUGAUCAUCACCACACGCCCCUCGACAGACAUCCCCCGGAAAUAUUGUCACCGUUGUUCGAUCAUCCUUGGGUUUGAGCAGAAGCAAGUCGAGGACUACUGCUUCAAGUACUACAAGGACCCUGACCUGAGUAAGGCCGUCUACCGCUACAUAGCGAACAACGACACCCUCUUCGGCUUGUCCUUCAUUCCUCUUUACUGCUACAUCAUCUGCACGGCACUUAGUGAAUUUUUUACCCGAUGCCCUAAAGACACUAAUAUCGACCUCAGCGUCCCAAAGACCGUCAGUGAGGUCUACCUCUGCUACCUGUACACGGUCAUCAGGCACCACGUGCUCAGAGACGAAGAGUGUGUCAGCAGCUCAAAGAACGUGGUCUUCUCGGCAGUCAAAAGGGAUUUACUUCAGCUCAGCAAAUUUGCCUACCAGAGUCUGAUGAGCAACAAGAUUCUCUUUGAAAAGGCCGACUUUGAGUCAUUCGGCAUGCCCCUCCAGGACCUCCCGACCUCCUUCUUCAGCCAGAUUCUGAUCCAGGUGAAGGAAGAGCAGGUUCAGAUGUUCGCGUUCUUCCACAUGACCAUCCAGGAGCACCUUGCUGCUCUCUAUAGCGCAACUGAAGUGGGUGAGGAUGACCUCGUCGAGGCACUCGACCUCUGGUGUGGUGGCGCUUAUCAGGAAGACCCUUGUAGUAGUGAAUUUCUACAGACGUCAAAGGAACUGCUGGACGUGAGCAAGUUGGAAAGCUUGCAGAUGUUCACCAGGUUUUUUUCAGGUCUCCUAGCGGCCAGAUUGGGAGGGCAGCUGGGAGGUCUGGCGGCACCCCUGAGCAAUGAAGUCCUGGCGGAGCUUAGCAUGUGGUUCGGCAGGCAGUUCCAGAAGAAGCUCUCCAACCAGCAGGUGCUGAACCUUCUGCACUGUCUGAUGGAGCUACACCAGGAGAGCGUGGUGAAAAUGGUGGCCCCCCACAUCAAGAAACUUCACCUCUUCAAAAUGACUCUGAAUGUGGUGGACUGCACGGCCCUCUGCUACGUGAUCCGCCACGCACGCCAUGACCUGGAGGAGCUGAACCUGGGGUACUCCAACAUCGGCCAUGAAGGACUCAAGAGGCUGCAGCCCAUUCUGCACAAGUGUGAAUUGCUCUUUCUCCGCUACAACUGCCUGGACAAGGAAGCAGCGGCUUUGGAGUCCCUCAUACUCAAAUCCCCCUCCUGUCACGUAAGGAAGCUUUACAUGUGCGGAAAUAACAUUGGUUGUGAAGGCGUUUUGGAACUGUGGACGGCCCUGAAGGACAACAGCACGGUGGAAGAGCUUUAUCUGGACAUCACCGGCAUCACCGAGAGAGGAACUGAGAACAUCGUGGCGUGUCUGAGCAACAACAAGACGCUGAAGAGUCUGACCAUUGUCGGGAACGAUCUCGGAGACCUCGGCAAGAAGAGGCUGAGACAACUCAGAAAGGAAAGACCAGACCUGCGCAUCAUCGAGAACUUUAUCGACGACCUCGGCCUUUUGCAGGCCUACCUGGAUUGGGUGGAAGAGCUGAAGGCCGACAAAGAUCAGAUGGACUCUGUGAAAAACGUCGAUGCCCUGCAUUCGGUCCUGAAGGGGUUAAACCCCUCGACCCAGGGUCCGCCCAAAGCCAAUGCAAUGGCUAAACUGCUGGAGCAGAAAAUUACCGAACUGCUCCAGUCCCCCGGGUACUCAAGCAAGACGCUAUAAUGGGAUCAGUUGGCAGGACUGAGGGUGCUGUGGGCACUGGUUGAGCUCACCCACCUGGUGACGUCUUCGUGUCAGGGGGACUGCACUUGGCCCUUUGUGUUGGUGUCUGUUGCCAGGCAACAUGAAUCACAAGUCAAAUGAAGGUGGCAUUGGGUGGGCCGCCUGUGCAAGACCCUCAGUCAGGCUUUGUAGUAAUUCUAACACUUUUUGUGUUUUUUGAAUGUUGUCCUUGUUUUCCAUUUUUUGCACCUUUGCCUGCUCUUGUUAGAUGAACUCUUUAUGGUUCCUCGGACUCUGCCCUUGUAUUUUACCAUGUUGCUUGUCUUUUCAUGACGCUUUCUGGAUAUUUUUAUCAGCUUGCUACCCCAG